GUGUUCGCAUUGUGCUAUAUUUCUUUGAAACAACUACUUAGAAAGAGGUAACAAAAUUAUUCAACUGCUCAAAUUAAAGGCUGCAGAUGAGGCUCCCAAUUAGUGAAAGUGUGGACACAUGGCUACUAAAAAUUCGGUAGAGGAACUCAAAGACAAAGCAAACGUUAACGAGCCGAACCUAUAUUGUGUUGAUUGGGAAAUUAUGAAAGAACUUAAACACAUUUGUUCAGCAACCUAAUUAGGAUCAUCCCCUCAGUUCUGAAUUUGGUCAGUUACAAUUAUUGCAACCUAUUUUAAUGCAGUUUUAUGCACUAUUGCACAAUAAGUGGGCUAUUGGAUUUGAAUUUUAUUUUUCAUGGUAUGCAUAGCUAUUUCUGACAGAAUGUGUCUUAAACAUGAAAAGCGCCACAUUAAGAAAAUUUAACAGCUUGUUAAAAUUCUGAGAUUGGAUUGGAACAAAAACCACAAUCGGGCCGAGGAUGAGAACCACUCAUGGCCGAGCGUGCAUUUGGAAGACUGGUGAAGGGAUUUUGUUCAUCCGUGGUUUCCAGCGUUCCUAAGCAACCGUUUCAAGGGGCAACUGUAAACAGAAACGUUCCAGCAGCCAAUACGUUACGAACGUGAGGAUAGGCACCCUUUUAUUUUAUUUUUAGUAAAAUACGAAAUAUGACAACUAUAUAUCCACCAGAGAGCAUUUAUAACCUCAUCCCUCGGGAAGAAGUUCGAUUUGAAACACCACCGAGAUAUACGUCAAAGUUUAGGGACCAAGUUAAGCAGGAAAAACAAAGUGGCAAGGCUGCACACAGGACCAUGGGCCCAACAAAGGUGGAGACACCCUCACCAGAGAAGUUUCUACGCAAACAUUCCAAAGAACCAAGACUCCCUGAAAAAAAGCAGUUUGUGUAUAUGGAUGGCGAUAAACUAAGAAAGCCACCAGUACCCGCUAGAACUGAAAUUCCAAAGAUGGGAGUUCAUUCAGCAAAGGACUUUAUAAGGGACAAUACCAUCAAAAACCUCCUUUCUGCACCAAGGCAACCACAGCCUAUCUAUGCUGACACAAAACAUGGAGAUAAGCAGCCUUUGGAGUGUUCUGGUCUUGUCCCAAAAUAUUUAAAGAAAAAGGACUACGGGCAGAUUCCUGAGUAUCUGCUGCAGCGCAAAGUGGAGGAGGGAAGAGCCCAGGAGGAGUAUGACGAGUAUGUCAAGGAGCGGCUCAGACAGGGAGCCAUGAAGCAGCUCUCUGACGAGGAACGUCUGUCCACCCUUCAGGGACUCAAGAAGAACUGGGAGGAGUUGCACCACCAGUAUCAGGCUCUAUCUAUCGUCACGGAUACAGGCCCCAAGAAAUACAUAAAAGAGAAGCUGGAGAUGCAGAUGAAGCAGCUGGAGAAAGACAUUGACCUCAUUGAGAGACACAAAACCAUCUACAUCGCAAACAACUGAGACACCAAAUGAUUAUUGAACAGCUGAUCUUCAGCUACAUGCAUCAUACAACAUGCAUCCUUCCUCUGAAUUGUCUUGGGCUUUGCAGUCACUCCUCUGAUUUUACGCAGUUUGGGGAAUAAAAAUAAAAAAGUAAAUAUA